AUGCCAGUAGUUUUACUUUUGGCUAUUGUAACGUUAGUAGUAGCUGUUGAGAUUAACUAUAAAAACGAUGUUGCUGAUUUUUUAAAUGAUUUGGCUGGUGAUAAAGACAAAACCCAUGAUGAUCAUUCGUCGCACAAUCAUCAUGCCGAUUCGCACGACCACACUCAACACGAAGAGAUGCAUCAUGAAGGCCAUAUGAUGAAAAUGUGGUUCCACUUCGGCGCUGAUGAGGUUAUCCUUUUCGAUUUCUGGCGAACGGAUUCCGCUGUUGGCAUGCUUCUCUCAUGCAUCACAAUCUUCGUGAUGGGCGCCACAUACGAAGGAGUCAAGUGGUUCAGAAUGUACCUUUUAUCGCAGGCCAAUAACAAUGUUCUCGCGAAUCGUUCCUGCAUCGAGUUUCAACUUCAAACUCCUAGAGCUCGAGCUCCGUUGACACAAACGGCGAGCUCUAGAAAUACAUCACAAUCUCAUAGCAAAUUAAUCACCACCCAACAAGGAGAACCCUUUAUCACAUCAAUUGUACCGACGAAAAAGAUCUCGCCUUUCGCUAUCGAACGCAUCAUGGAAGCUUUCCUCUACAUUUUCCAAUUAAUCCUUGCUUAUUGGCUAAUGCUUAUUGUGAUGACCUACAACGUCUAUUUGACCUUGGCUGUGAUUUUUGGCGCCGGUUUUGGUCAUUGGCUGUUCGCCGUCCUUCAACUUCGCAAUGUCGACAUUGAAGCUGCCGAUUCGUUCCAAACCGACGCAUGCCACUAA